CGCAGGAGCGCUCUAAUCAAAUCUAAUUUAUACAAUGAAGCUGCCGUUCCGCUUAAGUCAUGGUUUUUGACAAAAUAGCCGAUAUCUUGCCUUAUCAUGCGAAAUUUUCUGUGUAUUUUCAUUUUGAACCAGUUGCUACUUCAUGGCCACGAGUCUCGAGCAAUGGUUUUAACUACCACGACGGGAGGACGCCCGAUAAUAAAGACAAGUGAUGAAUUAUCGGCCACCUCCAGCUCAUCUGCAGAAAACGAUGAAGACGAUCUCGGACAUCUGGUUGUGAGCAAACUUUCUUUUCUGAAACGUAGAGCGACCCAGCAUGACGAGAGCUUUAAGAGAACUGUUCCCGACGCUUAUGUCCUUGUUAUUAGCCUUGGAAUCACAAAGCCCCAAUUAGAGUCAAGACAGAGCCAGUUUUUGCAGAAAAUAGCGCUGAGCACAGGGCAGAAGGAUGCGACAUGUGCAAUACUGGAUGCAAAAAAGGUGAAGUCAGCCUUACAGACCUUAGAAGUGUAUUGCAGAAAGACCACGUCGAAAGCAAGCGCUGAUGAUCUUAUCGAUGGCAAAGAUCUUGUAAGGCUUUUUGAAACAAAAAAGAUGGCAGGCUUCUUACAAGAUUACAACAUCACCAAGUAUUAUGUCAAGAGGAAUGUUGAAAUAAUGACCCUGCAUCCUAACAUCACUGAAGAGGUCUGGUUUCCAGUUGCAGCCGUUGCCACAGCAACCUUUCUGUUCAUGAUAGUCAUGGCUGUUGUUGUUUGUUUCUUCAAAAGAUCAAAAAAUAGAAAAGAUGGAGGGUCAACUAGCCAUUCGAACCGUGAGAAACAUGACACAUUUGUAUGUCACACAAUAAAGCCUAUUGAUACCAUGUCUCCUACAAUGGUGCAACCUCAGAUGAAAGACCUUUACACUAUCCAUGGCUCACCUCGUAAAGUGCAGAAAUGGUCCGGAGAUCGAGAGCACAAAAGACCCGGGCUUCUUCAAAGUCGACGUGGAUCGCAAGCUUCGUUGGUUAUUGAUCUGACUCCAGGGCAGAAUAUCAUAUCAAACCGAGGCCACGAAAGCCCAACUGAAGAAUCAUUGCUGAGUAUGUCCAAAUACAUGAAAUUUCGUGAUUUAGAAGACGAAAAAGAGAAUACAGAAUUACUGUUUAGGGAAUUUUGGGCUAUACCCACCAACACUGUGCAUAGAAGAGACAAACAGUCGAUGUCAAAUGCUAGUUUGAAAAAUAGAUAUCCUGAUUAUAUUCCUAAUCCAAAAACAGCAGUUCAACUAAAGUUAAUAAAUGGUGACCCAAACUCGACUUAUAUUAACGCAAACUAUAUCAGGGGAUAUGGUAACGCUGCCAAUAUGUAUAUUGCAACAGAAGGUCCAUUACAAAGCACAGUUGCGAAUUUCUGGCGGAUGAUUUGGGAACAAAAGUGCCAAAAUAUAGUUAUGAUAACAAAAUUAAAAGAGAAAAAUGAGGAGAAAUGCGCCGAGUAUUGGCCCAGUCCUAAUUCCAAAACCCAAGUAAAAUACGAUGAUAUUACUGUCACUUUUGAUUCUAAAGUUGACGCAGGGGGCUACGUCAUCACAAAAUUAUAUAUAAGUCACGGAAAGUUCUUAGAAGAGUCUCGACUAAUAACGCAUUACUGGUUUACUUCAUGGCCGGACCAUAAAGUUCCAAAGUCUUGCUCAGAUAUAAUUUCCUUAGCAAAGGAUGUUAGAAGUGCGGUUGAUACUGCGCAGCAUACAAAAGACUGUGGUCCUGUUGUUGUACAUUGCAGCGCUGGUCGCGGCAGAACUGGCUGUUUUAUUGCAAUUUGUCACGCCAUGGAACAAGUAGAAGAUGAGCAAGUUGCAAAUAUUCUCAAAAUAGUCAGCACGAUGCGUCUUGAUCGAGGAGGCAUGGUGCAGAAGGAUGAACAAUAUAUAUUUAUUCAUAAAACAAUUUACGAAUAUUGGAAAGACUUAAAGUCGCAUUCACCGUCGCUGAGCAGUAUUUUACCAGCUGGCAUUGAAACUGCGCAGGAGGAACAGGAAGAAUCACCAAACGAGGAUGUCUUUCAAGGCAGCCAUUUUGUGUGGUGAGGAAUAUUUUUAAAGAAUACCACUGAUGGUGACAAAUGGCUCUUGAUAAUCCCAGUUUCUCGUCUGCUACUGACUCUUGGCGUCUGGUGCCUUUAUUGAAUCGUAUAUCACCUUUGUUCCAAGAUGGCUGUCCUGACGUCAUAUUCGAAAAACCCUGCUGUAUCAGGUUCACUCGUCAUUGGCUAUUCGAAUAUGGAGCCUAGUGGGGUUUGCGAGGCACUAGUCAACAAGGGACACCUAAGAUGACCAAAAUUGGCUGUCUUCUAGAUAUUCUGAAAAUUCUGGGCACACAAUUACCCUCUGUCCAAUUCUACUGUUUGUGUGACAAUUCAUGCACUUAAGAUUUCUGAUAAUUAUCGCUGAAGAUUAUACUCAUGCGAUAAAUCUUAUACUUGAAAUUUUCCUGUUAAAAAAGAAGUGUAUAUUUAUUUCAGAUAUUCUUUACAGCUUUUUCCUGAACACCUGACUAUUUUAAACCAUUACAUGCGCCUCUCACUGAUCUCAAAAAACGGGGACUAACCUAAGAGAGAUCAUUUCUUGCAGCAAAGAAAUAUGAUUUGCAGGUCUCUUGUUAUUUUGACGGUCUCUUACAAUUUUACAGGCCUUAAAAUCCUCGUACUUACUUCCUUACAAUGCAAAUAUUGAAGAAUUUCAUGCACUAACUAGUAAAUAUCUUAGAAGCUUAUUAUAAUGAAUUCAACACAAAUGCACUUUAAAAUGUCGUAUAUGUAUAUUAAAGUAUCCGCUCCAUAUUUCAUGCUAAGGAUAAUAUGUCUUAGUCUAAAUUGCUGUACUCAGACUUAUAGUUGGAUCCCUAUUUAGGGCUAUUUCGAACAGUGAAUUAGGCUAUUGAAAAUCCAGCAAAAUAUGUGCUUGCUUGUAAAAUGACUUCGGUCGAUCUAGUAUCAAAGUGUUCUGAAAUUGAAUCUCUUGUACAGAGAAAUGCAUAAAGUUUCACUAAUUUUGGCCUGCCUUAGAACUCUUAGACUUGGUUAUUACUCAUACUGAAGUUUGCUCGUCUUUUGCGAUCCUACUUAAUCCUGAUCAGUCAUAAAGGCAGUUUCCUCUUAGUCUCGCAAAAUUGCUUUGUAAAAUAGACCGUCUUAUCAGCUUAGAAAUCAGUAAAUGCAACCUUAAAGCUUAAAAAAUAUAGUUCUUCUUACCACAUGUAAUUAAUACGAAAUCGUGGAAUAAAUAUUAUGAAAAUUUUAGUAUAAUAUUAAUAAUAAGCUUUAUCUAAAAAUGACUUAUUUGUUAUUUUUAUUUGUAAGUCUAUCUUAUGUUGUUUAACUGUGAGGUUUAAUUUUCAAACAUUUGUGUAGAAUAGUGAUAUUUAAAGAGGAGUGUUAAAAGUUGUUCCUUCAACUACAGAGAGGGUUUUCCUACUGUGCUAAAGCAGUAAACUUUAGUUUGGUUUCAAUAAUCGAAAAAAGGAACAACAAGCUUGAAAGACCCCAAGUUUAUUUUUUUUGGGCAAUUGCUAAAAAUUAUUUUCCCUAGCUCAUGUUUUCAUUAUUCGUUAAGCUUAUUCAAGUUGAAGGAGACCAUCACCCAAACCCCCAGUUUGUGAGCCAAGGUGCUGGAGCCAAUGAAUUCGUUUAAAUUACUUAUGCAUAGCAAUGUUUGCCACCUUAAUUCCAUAAAUGAUCAUAUAUAAUACAACAUAGAUUUGAAAUGUAACCACACCCUUCUCAAUGUUAUACUAUCCCAACCCUUUGCUCUGCCCAUCAGGCUGUAGAAUAUCCCUUUGGCAGCACUGACUCUUUUCUUAAUAAUUUUCAUAGAGAGGAGUACUUCUGAAACAAUGUCCAACUUAGGAGGAACUUUCUUAAGCCCUAAGGAAACAGCAUAGUUUAUAUCCACUCGUUGGCAGUAGGCAAGACAAGUUUAACUAUCCUUUGAAAUAUACCCAAAGUCAAUGGCCCUCUGUUGGCUAGGGUCCAAAUUUCCUUAACGCAAUAAAGAAUGAAUGAACAUCAUAUGAUUUUUAUCCUAAUCUAUAGAAUUUAAUGGGAAUUAAUCUCGCAAUGUAUUUUGUUGUAUAUUUGAUAAAACUAUCAAGUGUUGUAUUUAGGGUGUAAAAAUUAAUUAACUAGUAUCUAAAGAAAGGGAAAUUAUUUUUUAUUCACUAUGUGUAAGAAAAUGAAAUGUUAUGUUGGAAAAAUAUAUUAAAUGGUGUUUCAAA